AUGGAGGGAGAUUCUGUCACUUUAAAAACUAAUGUUACUGAAUUACAUGGAGAUGAAGACAUAACACGGAAAUUUGGAGCUGAAAAGUCUCUUAUAGGUAAAAUCAGCGAUGAGAAACGAAUCUUCUCAACAUUUGAUGUUCUUGAUGGGAGAUUCAGAGACAGACUGAAGCUGGAUGAUAAGACUGGCUCUCUGACCAUCACAAACAUCACAACUGAACAUGCUGGAGACUAUGAACAACAGAUAAGGGGAGCGAGACUGUCAUCAAAAAUAUUCAGUGUUUCUGUUUAUGCUCAUCUGCCUGUACCUGUCAUAAGAAGAGACUGUUCUUCAUCAUCAUCAUCAUCAUCAUAUUGUUCAUUGUUGUGUUCAGUGGUGAAUGUGAGUCAUGUGACUCUCUCCUGGUACAAAGGAAACAGUUUAUUGUCCAGCAUCAGUGUGUCUGAUCUCAGCAUCAGUCUCUCUCUACCUCUGGAGGUGGAAUAUCAGGAUAAAAACACCUACAGCUGUGUGAUCAACAAUCCCAUCAGCAACCAAACUCAACAUCUGGACAUCAGUCAACUCUGUUACUCGUGUACAG